CGUAGUAUAAGCGACAUUAUAGAUCUAUCCUCUACGACCGAUAGUGACACUUCCGGGCCUAAUAUCGAUACGACCGAUAACUCCGAUUCCGGGGAAGCCUUAAAUUUAACCGAGCUAAUAACUCCGGAACCUACCUAUCUUCCUAAUACUCGUAGUAGGCCUUCUACCCGUCUAAAACGACCCGUACCCCGUCUAGCGGACGCUAGUAUUCUGCCCGAUCUUAGUAAUAACCCGGAUAACGAUAUAGACGAGGACAUUAUAAACGUACCACUUGAUUAUAGGCGCUUAGAACAAACUAAGGAUGACCUAGUAGAGGCACUACGCGAGGUUACUCCUAAUAACACUAGGAUAACGGCCGAAGAUAGCGAAGAGAUUAAUAUAAUAGAACUACCCUUAAAGCGCGAAGUCGAAGGCUAUUAUAUCUUCUAUAAGAUAGAAGUAAUCAAUAGACGUACGUCAAUAUUCGCCUAUCGUUUUCGCUAUAGAGAGGGAAAGAUAUUAAACGAAAGUAGCGCGAACGUUAUAAACGGCCGCGAAUCUAAUAAGUCUCUAAUACGCGCUAUUACCCAGAUAAAGCAACGAGCGUCCCUUCGUAAAUAUCUAGAAUAUAUCGAGGCUACUCGGCGAAUAAAGGAGCAAGCCGAGGAGUAUAAAUACGAUCCUAGUAUAGCGAUACAAUCGCGAUUAGAGAAAUUAACACGCGAAACCUCUAAUACAUUCGGCCGGUUAGAAAGAGUACUAAGACGGAAGCUCUUAGGGGCUGCUAUUAAUGACGAAGAGGCGAAGAAGAGGCGGAGUGGUAAAGAAGGAACGCUACCGUGGCUACGAUCUCCCGAUACUAUGGUUUCCUUAAAGGUAGGCUAUUAUAUAGGCGACGUAAACGGGCUAUACCAAGUAACGGGUUCGAUAAAGAAUAGACCAGCGUAUUACCAAAGCUAG